AUUGGACUUUUAUUUUUGUUCAAUAAUUCAUACGCAAUUGUGCCCCUGACCCACUUCCCACAGUGUAUGGAUUUCAAUACUCACACAGAAACUGUUUUCGAGCGGUGGAGUCUGAUCCAUGCACGACACACACAGAAUGUCACUACGGAGGAAAAAGCAUUAUUUAUUUAUUUGUGGUACUGCGUAUUAAGACAAAGUCUACAUCACAGUCAGGUGCUUUAACCUAGGCUAAAUACCAGAGUAAAGACAACCAUGAAAACGACACAAAUCCAAGACCGGGAAAACAAAACCACCAACCGAAGAAGAGAAGAGAAACAGACCAAAACAAAACGACAAAACGAAACAAAACAAAACGAAACAAAACAAAACAAAAAAACCACAGUACGUAUUUCCGGUAGUAACUUCGCACAGACUACUGGGAUACGUGGUUCAGGAGACUGUGACGUCUUAAGGAGCCGUCCAGGAAAGCCCAAAAAAGCUUCCGUUUCUGUACAAGUGCGUGUGCCUUAAAGUUGGGUGAGCUGUGCUGCUGUACUUUCCCGUCGCGUCUCUGACAUGGAGGAAAUGCUGUCCUUCUGGGAUGUGGCCAUUGAUUUCUCCCCAGAAGAGAAAGAAUGCCUGGAGCCUGCUCAGUGGAAUUUGUACAGGGAUGUGAUGUUGGAGAAUUACAGCAACCUUGUGUUCCUGGGUCUUGCUGGCUCUAAGCCACAUCUGGUGACAUUUCUGGAGCAAAGUCAAGGGCUGACGGGUGUGAAGAGACAAAGAGCAGCCCCUGUGCAUUCAGGAAUAACACUCAUUGAUCAUAAUUAUCACAUGACGGCCAUUGAUUAUAAAUCACUCCUUGUUCAGCGCAAAGGAAUUAAUGCAGGGAAGAAACCCUACAAGUGUGAAGAAUGUGGAAAGCACCUCAGUUCUCGUAGAACACUUUCCAUACACCAGAAACUUCAUACUGGAGAAAAACCCUAUGAAUGUAAAGAAUGUCACAAGGCCUUUAGCACUCGCUCAUCACUUUGUACACAUGCAAAAAAUCAUACUGAUGAAAAAACCUACAGGUGUAAACAAUGUGGUAGAUCAUUUUAUUAUCUUUCAGUGCUGAAGAAACAUAAAAGAAUUCAUUCUGGAGAGAAACCCUACAAGUGUGAAGAAUGUGGCAAACACCUCAGUUCUCGUAGGACACUUUCUAUACACCAGAGACUUCAUACUGGAGAAAAACCCUAUGAAUGUAAAGAAUGUCACAAGGCCUUUAGCACUAGCUCAUCACUGUUUAUACACGAGAAAAAUCAUACUGAUGAAAAGACCUACAAGUGUGAAGAAUGUGGCAGAAUGUUUUACUAUCCUUCAAUGCUGAAGCAACAUCUAAGAAGUCAUUCUGGAGAAAAACCCCACAAGUAUGAAGAAUGUGGAGAAUCCUUUUGUGAUCCCUCAUUCCUUAAGCAACAUCAAAGAAUUCACUGUGCAGAAAAUCCCUACAACAAUGAAGAAUGUGGAAAAACAUUAUCCUGUUCUCCACACCUGCAGGAACAUCAAAUUCAUACAGUAAGGAAACCACACAAGUGUGAAGAAUGUCAUAAAGCCUUUCGUUUUUACUCUGGCCUUAGAGCACACAAGGUAGUUCAUACUGGAGAGAAACCCUACCAGUGUAAAGAAUGUCAUAAAGCCUUUCGUUAUUACUCAGCUCUUAAAAAGCAUAAGACCGUUCAUACUGGAGAGAAGCCCUACAAGUGUGAAGAGUGUGCCAUGGGCUUUUGUUUACCAUCGUGGCUUAGGAGACAUCAAAAGAUUCACUCUGAAGACAAUUCCUACAAGUGUGAAAAAUGUUACAGAAGGUUUUCCUGUUCUGCAAGCCUUCAGGAACAUCAAACAAUUCAUACUGAAGAGAAACCCCACGGUUGUGACAAAUGUCGCAAAACCUUUCGUUAUCACUCGUCUCUUAAGAGACAUAAGAUAGUUCAUAGUAGAGAGAAAUUCUACAAGUGUGAAGAGUGUGGCAAGUCUUUCUGCUCAUCUAAAUACCUUAGAAGACAUGAAAAAAUUCACUCUAGAGUCAAGCCACACAAGUGUGGGAAAUGUGGCAAAGCCUUUGUUAAGGGUUGUAGCCUUAGUCGACACAUGACAGUCCAUACUGGAGAAAAAUCAGUGAUUACAGCACAGAACUCAGGCUGUCAUAAAGUCUACAGAGGGCCAGCAUCUUACUGGGAAGUCAUCAGGGGGGAGCAAGAGAAGAUUCCAAGAUGGGCUCAGAUGCUGAGCACUAAGGAGCCCUGCAUCAGUGUAACUUUAGAGAAGGGGCAGGGAUGGUACCAAGAGAUGAGCUGCAGUCAGACCCACCUUGUAUCUUACACUUGGCUUUGCGGAUCACAGAAGGCAGAAAAAAUUGAACAAGACAUAUCAGACCUUUGCAGAGUAAAUUCCAACAACGGACAAAUGAGUUGGGUGAGCUGUGCUGCUGUACUUUCCCGUCGCGUCUCUGACAUGGAGGAAAUGCUGUCCUUCUGGGAUGUAGCCAUUGAUUUCUCCCCAGAAGAGAAAGAAUGCCUGGAGCCUGCUCAGUGGAAUUUGUACAGGGAUGUGAUGUUGGAGAAUUACAGCAACCUUGUGUUCCUGGGUCUUGCUGGCUCUAAGCCACAUCUGGUGACAUUUCUGGAGCAAAGACAAGGGCCGGCGGGUGUGAAGAGACAAAGAACAGCCCCUGUGCAUUCAGGAAUAACACUUAUUGAUCAUAAUUAUCACAUCAAGGCCAUUGAUUAUAAUUUCCUCCUUGUUCAACGCCAAAGAAUUCAUACAGGGAAGAAACCCUACAAGUGUGAAGAAUGUGGCAAACACCUCAGUUCUCGUAGGACACUUUCUAUACACCAGAGACUUCAUACUGGAGAAAAACCCUAUGAAUGUAAAGAAUGUCACAAGGCCUUUAGCACUAGCUCAUCACUGUUUAUACACGAGAAAAAUCAUACUGAUGAAAAGACCUACAAGUGUGAAGAAUGUGGCAGAAUGUUUUACUAUCCUUCAAUGCUGAAGCAACAUCUAAGAAGUCAUUCUGGAGAAAAACCCCACAAAUGUGAAGAAUGUGGAGAAUCCUUUUGUGAUCCCUCAUUCCUUAAGCAACAUCAAAGAAUUCACUGUGCAGAAAAUCCCUACAACAGUGAAGAAUGUGGAAAAACAUUAUCCUGUUCUCCACACCUGCAGGAACAUCAAAUUCAUACAGUAAGGAAACCACACAAGUGUGAAGAAUGUCAUAAAGCCUUUCGUUUUUACUCUGGCCUUAGAGCACACAAGGUAGUUCAUACUGGAGAGAAACCCUACCAGUGUAAAGAAUGUCAUAAAGCCUUUCGUUAUUACUCAGCCCUUAAAAUACACAAGACAGUUCAUUCUGGAGAGAAGCCCUACAAGUGUGAAGAGUGUGCCAUGGGCUUUUGUUUACCAUCGUGGCUUAGGAGACAUCAAAAGAUUCACUCUGAAGACAAUUCCUACAAGUGUGAAAAAUGUUACAGAAGGUUUUCCUGUUCUGCAAGCCUUCAGGAACAUCAAACAAUUCAUACUGGAGAGAAACCCCACGGUUGUGACAAAUGUCGCAAAACCUUUCGUUAUCACUCGUCUCUUAAGAGACAUAAGAUAGUUCAUAGCAGAGAGAAAUUCUACAAGUGUGAAGAGUGUGGCAAGUGUUUCUGCUCAUCUAAAUACCUUAGAAGACAUGAAAAAAUUCACUCUAGAGUCAAGCCACACAAGUGUGGGAAAUGUGGCAAAGCCUUUGUUAAGGGUUGUAGCCUUAGUCGACACAUGACAGUCCAUACUGGAGAAAAAUGCUAAAAGUUUACUCUUGUUUAGCCCUUAAAAGACAUCAGAUGAUUCAUUCUGAAUACAAACUCCAUUAGUGUGUGCUAACAAUUCAAACCUUAUCCAACUCAUAUGAAUCCACAGAGUCGACCACUGUGCCCUCACCACCAGUGUGUUCAAUCAGUGUGUUUGAAUCUAGCAUUGACUAAUGGGUUUCUUUUCUCUGGAACUAUAAAUGUUUCCUGAAAUGGUUAUCAUGUUGUAACUUGGUCCUUUGAGCGCCCUGAAUCUGAGAUCUGGGCUGUGGUGUAGGUACUUUUCUUUUCCCUGUUAUGUCACCCAACCCUGUCGUAUCAUUGCCUCUGAGUGUGUAAGAAGCUCCCUAAACUCACAUGUGUCACCAGGUUGACUUUAGUAAAAUGGUCUACACGGUCUCUAACCUGGGUGAGUAUAAAAUGGUCUACAUGGUCUCUAACCUGGGUGAGAGGGCAUUAGUGUUUGUCUCACUAGGAAAAGCUAGCAAAACAUUGUCAGUCAUCCUUGGUUUAGAAUAAAGAAUCUCUUACUCUCUUUA